GAUUCUUUUGGUCCAGUAGUUGCAUGUUACUAUGCGCUUGCAAAAUCUGUCACAGCCCUACUUCAGUACCUUGCCAACAGGAGCAACGCUAACGCAAACCCUGUUUGUCGAUAAUUUGUCGCAUUGGAUUGGUUAGACGGCGGUAAUUUAGGGCUCAGCUCAGCUAACCACUGCUCUGCUGUUGUGUAAUACAAAGGAGGAAAUAGUUUGCUUUAUUAGUCAGCAUCUAUAAAGUUGUUUUGUCUUUUACGCAGCCUGGUUUUGCGACGCGGUUUUAAGUUUACGCCAGCUGAUCGCAAAGAUCAAAAAUUAAGGAUGAUAUUUAUCGUUAGGUGGCCAAAUGGAGUCUUUGGCACAGUUCGUGCCAACCUUUUGCGCGGGCACAGGGAUGCAAGUCAGUUUCACUUUCAGGAUGGGAAUACUCAACACGCAGCUGGAACAUGACUGCAAAAAUCUGUAUCCUUUGCGAUGUUACGGCAUUUCUCGUGUGUAAUUUAUUGCCUGUGGGGCUGCAUCCCCCUCUGUGUGGGGCACCAUGGAGCAGCUAGAAGAGGAACUUACGUGCCCGAUCUGCUGCGGUCUCUUCGACGACCCGCGGGUUUUGCUGUGCUCGCACAGCUUUUGCAAGAAGUGCUUGGAGGGACUUUUGGAGGGGAACCGAGGUCCAGCUUUCAGAACACCUUUCAAAUGCCCCACAUGCCGCAAAGAGACCCCUCACAACGGCGCAAACAGCCUGCAGAUCAACUACUCCCUGCGCGGAAUCGUGGAGAAGUACAGCAAAAUCAGGGUGAUGCCUAAGAUGUCUGUUUGUAAACAACACUACGGUCAGCCUCUCAACAUAUUUUGCGCCACGGACUUAAACCUAAUUUGCGGGCUCUGCGCAACAACAGAUGACCACAAAGGGCAUACAUUCUGCUCCUUGGAGGAGGCGUACGAGCGAGAGAAGGAGGCGUUUGAAGAGCUGCUUCACGGGGUGGAGAGCUGGCAGAGCGCAGACAUCCUGUCCUGCCUGGAGACACUACAAGCCAGUAAGAAAAGGGCGCUUCAGUCGGUGAGCAAGGACGCAGAGAAAGUAACAGACUAUUUCGACAAGCUCAUCAGCACCAUCGAAUGCAAGAAGAAUGAGAUUCUGUCCGAUUUUGAAACGCUGAAACUGGUGGUGAUGCAGGCGUACGACCCGGAGAUCACCAAGCUGAGCGCGGCGAUGGAGGAGCACCGACAGGCGCUGAGCAUCGCCGAGUCGUUCAGGGGCGUCGCGGAGCCGCUGUGCUUUCUGCAGCAGAUGCAGGAGUUUAGAGAGAAGUUCAAGAUCCUCAAGGAGACUCCGCUGCCCUCUCGGAAAGAUACAGACGUCGGUCCCCUUGUGCGCAAUUUCGAUGUGAAAAAAUGGGACUCGCUGAGGCUCAGAGAAGUGGACAAGAUCUCAGUCCCUCACGAGAGUGGCUCCUACCGCGCUGGGGGCUCGCGGCUGGCAGCGCCAAGAUGGAUCACCUUAUGUAUGAGUUUAUUACUGCCAACUCUGCUCCUGCUGCAGCCGCACAACCUCGCAGCCUACGUGCCCUCGCAGAUUGAAUCUCUUGUCGCUGCUGUGUCCUCGCACCUCUCACACACUGGGGUGUACCUGCGGGAAAUGACUGCCAUGUACGCGAGUUUAAUGGCUGCAGGUCAGGAAUGUAUCGUGAACUUAAUUGACUCAACUGUCAAUUUCAUUGGCAGCUGUAAGCUCUUUUAAUCACUAGCGUGUGGCAUGUGUGUCAUGCACUCACAGCUACAAAUUGAGACUCUUGAGGUGCAUCAAACUAAUGACACCCGAAUAUAUGAAAACACUUCACCUGAUUGUUUACCAUUUGUUUUGUUUUUCUUGUCCGACCUCAGUGAAGCCAUAGAAUCAAAUGAUCAAUCCAAGCAGGCUGUAGCCUACAAUUACAGAUCGACGUGCAAUCGUUUUUUUUUUAAAUACUACAAAAUUCACACUUGUCCAAGAUGAUCUUCAUAAAUAAAACUUACAGAAAUGUACUUGCAUGUUUGUUUGUUUUUAUUUAGUGCGACAUCGCCUUGCUAAAAUCAGCAAACUAUAUGAAGACACGCGCCUGUGAGCUAAGCAAAUGUGCAAUAAAAAGAAAUAU